ACUUCAAGUCGAAGCCUUCCCGAUCAAAGAAACGCGCCUCAAGAUGUCGGAUCACGUUCGUGAUAGCAGUAAACCUGUAUCCGAGGACCCAACGCGAAACUUCAAUUACCCUUGGGCAGCGGCGCCAGACAUCAUCCGAUCCAACCAAAAGGAUGCCUACUUCCAAUCCGUGCUUCUGACACAACUCUCGGCAGUGAUACGGUCUCUUUAUGGCACGCGUUCAGAGCACAAAUGGUCCAACGAAGCUUCAGUAUUCACAGAGCUUCUCUAUCUGGGCCUGACCACGUUCAUCGGCAAUCGGACCUUGGGCGAGGAAUACUGCGACAUUGUACAAGUCGAAGAUGAUACAAAUCGCCUCCCAUCCGUCAGCAGACGCGGAGGCUACAUCUUAUCCAGCGUACUACUUCCUUACAUCCUAACACGCUUCCUCCCGGCCUUCCGCAAACGCCUCCGAGCCAAAUUAGAGAAGACACUCAAGAAAGCCCACCACCGACGAGUAUCCGACUCCACCCAAAUCAAGAACCCUCCAAAAAAGGUCAACCAAUUCCAAGAAUAUGUGCUCAAGCACUUGGACUCCAUCACAUCUCCAGCUCCAAUCUACGCCGUCAGUCUCGCAAUCUUCUACUUCACAGGCGCCUACUACCAACUCUCCAAACGCAUCUUCGGCCUCCGCUACGUCUUCACCCGCAAACUCACCGAAGACGACCAACGCGCCGGCUACGAAGUUCUUGGAGUCCUCCUCGUAGUCCAAAUGGUCGUUCAAGGCUAUCUGCACAUGAAGACAACAUACUCAAACAUCCAAACCCAACCUUCCAGCAACACCAGCACUUCCUUACUCCAAAGAAGCAACUCCUCCAACCUGGACCCCAACGGCGAACUCUCCGACGCAAUCUCCAUCGAAGGAGAAAUUUUCGAAGAAGAAGAUUCCAACCCUUUCAACACUCCUCUCCUCUUCGAAACACAACACACUGGAAGUUCUCCCGAGGCGAUUUCGAAACGUAUAGCGCAAACGACUCAUACACCUGUCACAAAAGGGCCGCGUUAUGAUUUGAAGGACGAAGCGACAAUGCAAUGGAUCUCAGGCGAUCAGACAAGGAAAUGUACGCUAUGUUUGGAACCGAUGAAAGACCCCAGCGUGACGACGUGCGGACAUGUAUUUUGUUGGAGUUGUGUGACGGAUUGGUUGAGAGAGCAGCCUAUGUGUCCGCUUUGUAGACAAGGGGCUUUAGUGCAGCAUGUAUUGCCAUUGAGGGGGUGAUCAAAAUGCAUCUGGAUGGGAGGAUGGGGAGAGAAAGAAAGUAUGUAAUCAUGUG